CUCCCUCGUCACGUGACAUUCUGGGUGUUUCUUAAACCCGCGUCAAAUGAUGUGGGUAAACACAACGGAACGAGUUCUUGUAGGCUAGCAAACGCUGUAACACGACAUAACUCUAUUUAGAUUUUCUCGUCACAAAGGACAACACAAUCGCUCUUGUUUCAGCACAGGGAGACGAGACUUACAUCGCCCCUUCGGUCUGCUCAUGCUUGUCCUGAUCAAGCUAACUUCAAGCGAGCUAGCUAGCUUAGCGUACUGGGCUGGUUUUGUUUUUUGCUGUUUGUUGGAUUUCGUCUACAAUCCCCGGGGAGAAACAUGACUCACAUCGGCAAUGCCCUGACAUUCACGCUAAAUCUUAUUUUAGUAUCAGCUGUCGCCCUGCACCAAAUCUUGUCUACCGUCGCCUUUCCGGACACCGAUUGUCCUCCCAAGGACCCCGGCAAACCGGUGAUGGGCCGCUAUCAAGUGAACAGCACCAACACCAGUGUGUGCUUGCUGGCCAAUAUGGGCGUCCAGCUCAAUAUCAGCUUCAGCUCGACCUCGAACAAGACGGUGCAGGAUGUCAUCAACAUAGAUCCCAAUACCACAAGGAGUUCAGGGUCAUGUGAUGUGGACAGGGCCAUCUUGACGCUCUUGGAUGUCAAGAAAACUAAUCUGACCUUUGUCUUCACUUUGAACAACACGUCCAAUAAGUACCAAGUGAGUGAAAUUGCCUUAUCUGCAGCCUGGCCAGACAUGAAAGAGAGCUUCAGCGCCGUUAAUAACUCUCUGGACUACCUUGGUGGCAGUCUGGGCUACUCCUACAUGUGCAGCGAGGAGCAGACUCUCAGCGUGGUUCCAGCGUUGUCCAUCAACAUCUUCCAGGUCCAGGUGCAGCCCUUCAACCUCACCCAUAACCGUUUUGCUACAGCUGAGGAAUGCCAGCUGGAUAAAGAAGACAUGUUGAUCGCCAUCGUGGUUGGAGCGGCUCUGGCCGGCCUGGUGGUCAUUGUGCUGGUGGCCUACCUCAUCGGCCGCAGGAAGAGCCACAGCGGCUAUCAGACCAUCUGACGUGGUGUCCCCUCACGUGUCCCUCGCCCCUUCUUUGCCACUGAUUACUUUCACUUCUGCUUCUCACUCCUGUAUUAUACUUAAUGAUUUGAGGUGGGUAGAUGAUUUUUCAUAACAAAAAUGGACAUUGUUGAGAGAUGUUGAUGUGCAAUUUAUGACCUGUAAAGGGAAUUGUGGGAUUUGAGGGAUUUUGCUGGUUUUUAAAUAACUGGUGUUGAUUGCAGUGAAGAAACACUUUAUAUUUCAUUAAGCACUUGUGAACGCAUUGUUUUGCAAGGUUUCUUGUGGUUGUUUUUGUAUGUUUUCGCUAAUCUCAGGAAUGUCCAGUGGGAACGGUGUUACACGCAACGCAAACAUUGCACUUAGAGGAGAGGGUAAGAGUCGGUGCCCCAACUGAUCUGCCGUAUUCUGAUGAAAUUCCCUGACUUAGUACAGCAAGUAAUACAAAACUACGCUGGUUCUGAUAAACAUACCGGCUCAGAUAAAGCGGCGAUGACGGUUAAGAUAAACUGAUAAAUGGCCACAGAAACGCGCCAGUUCCAAUAAAAUGCCACAACUUAAUGCUCUUUCUAAGCGCCGACGACAAUGCCGGGCUCGAUGACUCGGCACAAACUCAACCACUCUGGUUCCGACAACUUAGGACGCUGGUUCUGCGGAAGUGCCAGUGCAUUUACAGCUAUUUUAGAUUAAAAAAUGACAAUAAGUGUUAGCCUGGCUAACGCUAAUUAUGUAAUUUCACACACACACGCCAGUUACAAACGCUAACAAACUCCCUUGUUUGAAGAGGCUAAGGUCAGCAUUUUUAUUUUUUUCAGUGCCUUUCCCUGCCUGCUGCAACAUAACACAUGAUGUAGAGGUACUCUUGAUGCUAUUAUGGAACAUGUUCUUUGUGUCUGGCAUUGCUUGUACAGAGUCUUGUGUAUUAAACAUGCAUUGUUACAUAUGUGAAA